AGUAGGGUCGAGACAGGGAUAAAAGUGAAAUUUAGUGCAACUACGAAAAUUGUUUUGAUGUACGAAAAAACAAUAAACUGCCCUCAUCAAAUUUUAUUUAUUCACUUGUGUAUGAUUUUUAGGAAAGUGCAAUUCGUUUCGAAUCAGUUUACAAAAUCGUAAACAUUUACCAAUACUCCAUUGCUCCGGAAUAAGGGCUGCUGCAGCAAAACGCAGCAGCAGCUUAGCGGGAUUGUGAUUAGUUAAUGCAAAAGGAGGCUGUUUGGAUGCGAGGCGAUAUCAUUGUGUUGAAAUGUUGGCAAUUAAUAAGCAAAAUAAUUAAGUGUGAGGGUUUGACCCCGAAACUUUGGAGAACAAAUAUAAGGUUGUUUAAUUAAGAAGAGGCGAUUCGGGAACGGCCUUGCCCCGCCCUAUAUACACAAGAUGGGUGGUGACGCAGCGAUUCGUCGCAGCGCUACGUUAACAUCAACGCACAAUGAAAUGGGUACAAUGGCACACUUGAUGGAAGGACAACGUGACUCUGAGCCGUACAGUACAAGUAGACAGGGUAAUGGACUUGCGGCGUCAAGGUUUGCUUGCCUUCGUUGCUGUGGAAAAUUCAUUUCAUAUCUGGUACGUUUACGCAACACACCUGAAGAAUUGGAACAACGGUAUAAAUCUCGAGAGAUCGACAAAUUUUUAGAAAAAGAAAAGCACACAUUUCGCCGUCAGGUGAAGCUUCUGCUUUUGGGGGCAGGUGAAUCAGGAAAAUCGACUUUCCUCAAACAAAUGCGUAUAAUACACGGUAUUAAUUUUGAACCCGAACUAAUCCGCGAAUACCAAUAUGUGAUAUAUCAAAACGUACUUCGAGGAAUGCAAGUAUUGAUUGACGCACGUCAAAAAUUGGAAAUCCCUUGGGAAAACAACGAAAGAGAAAACGACGCAAAUUACGCCAAAUUAAUUGAAUGUAGUAACGUAGAAAUCGACAAUUUUAUACAGUGGUCUCCGUACAUUCGGAGACUAUGGCAAGAUCGUGGUAUAAGGCGUGCUUAUGAAAGGAGAAGAGAAUUUCAAAUUAGUGAUUCUGUCAGUUACUUUCUAAAUGAUAUUGACCGCCUUGCUACAUAUGAUUAUGUGCCAACCCACAAAGAUAUUUUGCAUUGUCGGAAAGCAACCAAAGGGGUUUAUGAAUUUUGUGUAAAAAUACAAAACAUUCCAUUUGUGUUUGUUGAUGUUGGUGGCCAGCGUACUCAACGACAAAAGUGGACAAAAUGUUUUGAUUCAUCUGUAACAUCGAUCAUUUUCUUAGUCUCCAGUUCAGAGUUUGAUCAAGUCCUCGCUGAAGAUAGAAAAACCAACCGAUUGGAGGAAUCGAAAAACAUAUUCGACACGAUCGUGAAUAAUAAUACGUUUAAGGGAAUAUCAAUAAUACUAUUUCUAAACAAAACUGAUUUGCUUGAGCAAAAAGUACGCAAUCCAGAGACUGAUAUCCGCUGGUAUUAUCCCCAAUUCAGCGGGAACCCACAUUCACUGCUCGAUGUGCAAAACUUUACAUUGCAAAUGUUUAUGAGUGUGCACAAAAGUCCGCAAAGCCGCAUCUAUCACCACUUCACCACUGCCAUAGACACAAGAAAUAUGAAAGUUGUAUUUAAUUCAGUCAAAGAUACAAUAUUACAGCGAAAUUUGAAUGCUUUGAUGUUACAAUGAAAAUGGAGCAGCUAGUUGAGUGUCCUAAUAACCCUCAUGUUGUCGGCAUAUUUGCAUCACCACAGUCGAGGAUUAUUUAAAUAACAUAUGCCACGGAAAUACAACAAACUCGAAAUGCAUGUAUGCUUAUAAUUUGCAUAUAUAUAUUUAUUUGUUACAUUGGUGUAAAAGAAAAAAAUAACUCCAAAAUCCAUUUAAAGUGCAUUUUUCAAAAAGUGCCACUAAAAAGGGCUAAUACAUAUGCAUAUAUCAGUGUGUAAAAAAUUUAAUGUACAUAUAUAAAAAUUGUUUUGAAUAUUUAUACGUUUAUACUUACCGUAUAUAAGAAUCAAAUGUAUUCAUAAACUUUAUAAAUAUGCUGUAUUUAUAUACUAUAUUUAUAAUCUAAUUAUAUUUUUGCAUAAUGUAUAAAGAAUAUCAUAUUUGUUAACAUUGAAGUGGACGAUAUUAUUGAAGAAUAGCACAAAAUAUCAAUAUAAAGCAUAAGCAAUAAAUGCGGACUAACUAUCGCAAUUUAUAUAAACAUACAUACACAAAGUUAUAUAUGAUAUACAUAUAAAUAUAUAAUAGUUUUGACGUAACAGAUUUUACAAAUUUUCUACUAACAUUUACGCAUAUAAAACAUAUAUUUUUAUAUAAAUAUUCAUACAACAGAAAAGUAAUAUUAUCCACGCCUCUUUAACAAAUUAACUAUUCAACCAAGGUUUAUUGUGAUCCAUGUAUUUUAUCGCUUUAUAAAUCGAUCAAAUAAAUUGUCCCUUUAAUAUUUAAAUAUAAAAUAUAUAUAAAACUAAGGCAUCGAAAUGUAUGCGUGCAUCUUUUUUUAUGUGAGAAGAGAAGAGAUCAAGAAGAUUUAAAAAAAAUAGUAUCGUAAUUAUUUAUUUACAGUGUCUCAAAAGUAGGUAUACAUAUAAAUUGCACUUGUAUGGGAAUAUUGUUAUAUUUGUGGCAAAAUGAUUCACAUACAUUUACGCAAUCGUAAUUAAGAUAACGAAGAAAAUCUAUAUGAUAUCUAAGAGCUACCAUGUUGAGUAUUUUACUGUUUUUGUCGUUGUUGCAGCCGUAAGAAACAUCCCUGAAGCCAUUUGUCAGAAUGCUGCAGAAUUGACGGAUUAAAAUCCGUUUACGUUCCGGUUACGUAGACCCAAAUGUGAUGAGAACGGUUUGCUUGAACGUUCUUGUUGUUGUUGUAGCGGUAGAAAACAUUCCUGGAGCAAUUUCGAGAAAUGGAGCCGAGUUGAUUACCCUUGGUCGGAUAAAAAUUCAGUAAUUUUUAUCAAUUUUCAUCAAAUAACUGAUUUUCAAUUAACUCAAUUACAAACUGAUAUUUAUACUAAGAACAGAGUAUAUUAAAAUGCUAUAAAGUUUGGAUCACCCAAUAGGAAAUGUCACGAGAGGAUAAAAAAACUAUAUACAUAUAAAUGAUCAGCAUAACGAGCUGAGUAGAUUUUUUAUUUGAUAAGAUAACUUCACGAAAAGGACCACAAUAGCAUGUAUCUUUACACACUCAACGAUGAAAAUCAAGUUCAUGUAUGAAAACAUUUUUAGUCGACAACAUAUUUAGUACGUAUUAUAGUUCAAGGCAACGGUACAAUCUUCGACGAAAUGGUUCAGAAAAGAACGACUAUAGCAUAUAGCUGCCUCACAAACUGAACGAUGAAAAUCAAUAUCUUGUAUGGAAUUUUUUGUGUCUGAGAAGGGUAUUGCAGCUUCGAUGAAAAGAAGUUAACGUUUUUUUAGUUUUCUAUUGCAAAUGAAGUUAGCUGAGGAAUACUUAAAAGAAUGCAAAGUUUGUAACUAAAACCUUUAUAAAGUCUGCUAUGCUUGUUUAUUUACAGAAUAUGUACAUAUAUAUUAUUUACGACGAGAGUUCCCAGCAAUAAAGUGCAGUUGGAGCUAGGUCCGUAACUUGAAUGUAUUUAUAAUUGACCAAGUACUCUAAUCACUGUAGGAGUAAUUUAUGCUGCUACAACAAUUUUAUAACAGCACAACGACGUGAAUUAAUAGCAGUUGAAGACCUUUUGCAACAAUAACCCACAGACGAAGGUAUUGGAAUUCAUGAAACUAAUACGAACUGAUAUAGAAAUAAUACAUCACCAAACCACAAAUGAGUUUCUAAUUAAUUAUUCUUUUUAACACACAUUAUUAUUCUUCUCAUAAAUUGUCAUUUUUGUUUUCUUUAUUUAUUAUAUAUAUAU